GCAGUAUUUGCAAAAUCACGACGUGCCUGCAAAAAAUAGUUCUGUACGUCAACAAUCAAGAUUUUCUCUCGUGUACGUUAUCGCAUUUUAUUAGUGCAUUAUAGUUUGGUGUACACUAGUUUACGAUCAUUUUAAUAAUUUAUUUGAAAAUUGAGGUAUAUUUUUAGAAUAAUUUUAAUCCUUAAUUUUGGGGCGCCAUUUUGUGUAUGCCGGUGGAUUUUCCCCGUAGUUGUCAAAAAUUUAAGUUAUAAAUAAUAUUUUUGUUGCUCAAGGGUUUUUCGUCAGCCUUUGCAGCUCACUCCCGUGAUCUUUCGGUCACUGUUACACAGUUUUCUCGACAAUGUUCUUAUAGAAUCCAAGUAAAAUAAUGACUAUUGCAACGAGAGGUCAGGGAGUUACAGGAGAAAACUUGGAUGUGCAAGGUCCAGUUCCUGGGCCGUCAGAGGCAAACACUGAUGAAUUACCAAACGAAAAUGCUGAACCCGAUUUCCCUCAUGAUAAACUAGCGUCUUUAGACGAGAAAAUAUCAAAUAUAAGAUGGGUGGUUCCAGUAUUGCCCGAUCAAGAACUAGAAUGUUUACUCAAAGUUUCAAUCGAUUUAGCACGAAAAAAUUUGGAUACGAGAUCAGAGGCUUGUCAGAGGUUCUUUCGUGAAGGUCUUACCACCUCCUUUACCAAAAUUCUCACCGAUGAUGCCGUCUCUAGCUGGAAGGCGAAUAUCCAUGCUUGCAUCCACAACAACUGCUUGAAAUUGAUUGAAUUAUGUGUUGCUAAACUGCCUCACGAUUGGUUUCCGCUAUUGGAUUUGUUGGCGAUGGUUUUGAAUCCAAAUAAUAAAUUUCACACUUUCAAUUCGUCAAGACAGAGUGAAACGGCGGGUCCUGGGUCUAAUUUAAGUGAAGAGGAAUUGUUUGCUAGACCGUCAAAUGAUCUUAGAAAUCCUAGAGGGUGGUUGGUUGAUCUCAUCAAUCGAUUUGGGGAACUUGGGGGAUUCCAGUUACUGUUAGAUAGGUUUCAAAGUGGUAAAAAUUUAAGUGUUUCUGUAGUAUUUGCACUUCUUCGACCGUUUGGACUUUGUUAUGAAUUUUUAACUCCACAUACGAUCAACAAGUAUAUUCUACCCAUAUUGGAGAUGGUUCCUGGCAUAUUAGAAAAACUGACCGACGAUGAAUUAAAAAGAGAAGCAAAAAAUGAAAGUAAAAGCGAUAUAGUUUCGGCUAUAAUAAAAUCAUCAAAAAACCUAGCCUCUCGAGUUCCCAAUCAAGAAGAACUAAUCCGAACUCUUGAAGGUUUCCGUCUCACUAUGAUUUUAAGACAAUUGCAAAUUUCCAGUUUUAAUGGAAAAAUGAAUGCAUUAAACGAAAUAAAUAAAGUUAUUUCGAGCGUUAGUUAUUACCCAAAUAGACAUCACGGAAUUGAGGAAGAGGAAUAUUUAACUCCAGAAAGAAUGGCUAAAUGGAUAAAUGAAAAUCGCGUCUUGGAAAUCGUGUUACGCGACUCGCUCCACCAACCCCAAUACGUGGAAAAGCUGGAGAAAAUUUUGCGUUUCGUAAUAAAAGAAAGAGCGUUGAGUCUUAAGGAUUUAGACGCUGUGUGGGCAGCUCAAGCCGGAAAACACGAAGCGAUCGUGAAAAACGUCCACGAUUUACUCGCGAAACUCGCGUGGGAUUUCAGCGCCGACCAAUUGGACCAUUUGUUCGAGUGUUUUCAAAACAGCUGGACGUCGGCGUCGAAACGCCAAAGAGAGAGAUUGUUGGAGCUCAUUCGGAGAUUGGCCGAAGACGAUAAAGACGGAGUGAUGGCGCAUAAGGUGUUGACGCUUUUUUGGAAUUUGGCUCAUGCCGAAGAUGUGACCACGGAAAUCAUGGAUCAGGCGUUGUCUGCACAUGUGAAAAUUCUAGAUUACAGUUGUUCGCAAGAAAGAGAUGCACAGAAAACUGUGUGGUUGGAUAAGUGUGUUGAGGAGUUAAAAAACGGCGAAAUGUGGGUCUUGCCCGCUUUGAAACAGAUACGCGAAAUUUGCUUGCUGUAUGAGCAAAAUACGAACGGGGGACAUGGACAAAGGACACAUCAUAUGUAUUACCGACAGGAGGUUAUCGAGAGAUUACAAAGUCAACACUCGCUCGUUAUUUUAGUUACGAAUAGUCUUACGAGUUAUAUGGAUCAUCUACGUAAUCUUUAUAAAGAACAGCCGGAACUAACAAGCGAAACUUACGUCCCGGAUGGACGCUACUGCCAUGCUUUGCAAGUUCAAGAAAGACUGAAUUUUCUCAGAUUUCUUCUAAAAGACGGACAACUGUGGUUGUGCAAAGAGCAGGCUAAACAAAUCUGGCAAUGUCUGGCCGAAAAUGCAGUUUUUCAAUCGGAUCGCGAAGCCUGUUUCAAGUGGUUUUCGAAACUAAUGGGUGAAGAACCCGACUUAGAUCCCGGAAUAAACAAAGACUUUUUCGAAAACAACAUCCUAACACUUGAUCCGCUUUUACUCACCGAAAGCGGAAUAAAAUGUUUUGAACGUUUUUUCAAAGCAGUCAACACCAAAGCUGAAAAACUUAAACUGAAACGGCGCUCCCUACUUACCGAAGAUCCCGAUCUGAUCGGUUUAGACUAUUUGUGGAAAGUGGUGACUUUAUGUCCCGAUGACAUCGCCGAAAGAGCGAUCGAAUUACUACGCGAAGUUAGUACGAAUUUAGGGCCGAGAUUACAGCAGUCGCAGAUGGAAUUCCACGAGAAUUUUAUAACGGAGUGUCACGACAGACUGCGUGCUCAUUACGAUACGGUCACAGUGUUGCAAAAGACGGAAAACGACAAAGAUUUCAAUAAGAAUCAAAUGCAGAAUAGGAUCAGAGCCGAGGCUGUGAAAAUGUGUAGAGUGAUGCGUGUCCUACAUGAGUAUAUAAGUGAAUGUGAUAUUGCUUUUUUGGGAGAGAGGAAAAUUCUACCGUUGUAUAGGGCUUGCAGAGGGAAACAUUUGGCGGUGAUUGUGCGAUUUUCAAGUCCUAGUCGGCAAGUCGAAGACUUGGAAAUGUUUACACAUUCGAACGAUACGUUGGCGUCAUUGCGUAGGCACAUUUUGCGCCGAAUCAAACCGGGGGUUCACUGUAAAUUAGAGCUUUUUAUUAACGGGGAACUUCUGGAUCCGGCCGAUGAUCGAAAGUUGUUGUCACAGAUGCCAAUUCGGGACAAAAUGCUUAUUUCGGCAAAGGUGAUGCAAGUCAAUUCCAAUAUGGCAUCGUCACAAGACAGUAGUUCCGAUAGUUCAACUUCGUCGCCACAACAUCCCUACGAUGGACCUAACAUUGAAGCGGAAAAUUUGUUACCAGGUGUUCUCAUGUCGACUCAACACGUUUACGCUCAGUUUUUCUGUCAAUUGUCUCAUCUCGGGAGCGUUUUGGAGUACCCCCCGCUGCGAGAUGGAGGCUACGGUCUUCUCCAAUUAAUGCCUUGUGAUACUGAAACAACGGAAAAAUUGCGAAUUCUUUUUACCACUCCCGGGGAACAAAAUAUUACAAUGGAUAAUAUGUUUUUCAGUGCUACACCAGCUGAAGUAUUGUAUAACUUGGAAGUAUUAUAUGCGAUGUUGAUGCCAGCGAUAGAACCGUUAUCGGAAAAAACUUAUGAAUUUCAAUACAGUUUUAUGACGUCGGGCGAGGCUCAUCUAUUUCUAGAAAUGUUAACGAAAAACAACUUUAUGUCAAGUGCCGACAAUGUUACUCGUAGAUCAGCAUAUUUAGUAGUUUUAAAAAUUUGUAAACUUAUUUUAACGUCUGUUGCACAUGUACUUGUGAGAUUGAGUGAAGAUCAUACACCACCGGAAACAGAACCGAGCAGCGAAAACAUCACAACGCCUGGAAUGCAUCUUAGAUCGGCACUAAGAACGAUUCCUGGACAUUCUGAUCAGAUUUUGCGUCAGGUGUCGAUGAAGUUAUCUCAGGGUCUCUCCCAAUUGAUGGUUGCGGAAACUGGAAGUACCGGUCAGGCACAGGCUUUGUUCAGUCAAGCCCUAAAUUGGGAACUACCCGAUUUAAACACAACGUUGGCAUUACUGCGUUUGGUGUGGGCAGCAAGUAGUGGUAAUUUGAAUGCUUUGAACGCCUCACCUGAAGUGCUUCAUUCCCUCGCCGAUCCAAAGAAACGCAACGUACCGUUAGAAUUACACACCAAUGAGAUUCUCUUGGUGAAAGAAGCAUUGGAACUGCUCAGCAUUGCUCUAGUCCUGAAUCCUAGUAGUUUGCAACAUCUUUAUCACGAUAAAAGGUGGCCUUAUUUUAUUACGGAUUUAGUUCUAUUGAAUCCCAGUUGCGCUGUUCGCAUCGCCGCAGCCGAACAACUGAUCAUCAUUUGUACGUGUGGUGCUGCAAGUCGAUUAGCUCUUCAGUCGAUCACACCUCUGCUGUUUUCAUUAUUGGACACGUUAGUGUUGGAGAAUGCUAAUACUUCGCACGAACUUUUUCAACUGUUGAGUCAGUUAGUGAACGUUGCUUAUUUGACGGGUUGUCCAUUACAGAACGCUGACGCUUUAUUAGCCAAAGAAGUUGCAUGGUUGCGAAAGGCGAGAGAUAAAAAUGAAGUUCUAAUUGAAGGACAUUUGACGUUGACGAAAGAGUUGCUUCAUUUUCUUACGCCUGAACAAAAGUGCGAAUUAGGAAGUGCCGAUACGGGGAGUUUUAUUAAGGAGUUGCUUGAAGAUUUUCUCUUCCCGGCGAGCAAAUUGAUGUUGCUUUUGAGCAAAACGGGACAGUUGGGUGAAGAUCCAGCGAUACCUGUUUGUGAUACACCGCAAACACAAGCAGCGGCUUUUAAUCUUUUGAUUUCGCUCUGUUUGAAUUGUGUACAGAAUUUUAAGCAGUUGGUCAACAUGUUGACGGAAAUGUUCUAUUUGGAUGCCGAGACAGCGAUAGUGGAAUGGGAUUAUCUGCCCACCAUUGGUCCUCGUCCAUUUCAAGGUUUCGUUGGUUUGAAGAACGCCGGAGCCACAUGCUACAUGAAUUCGGUGUUGCAACAGUUGUACAUGGUGGAAAGCAUCCGUGAAGGCAUUUUGGCGGCCGAAGGCGCGGCCACCGACCCAAACGAAGAUUUCACCGGCGAAGAGCGUCUAGAAUUAGAUGCCGAUUGUACCGACGACCGCAAUUGUUUCGACGAUAACCGAAAAGAUUACAACGUCGGUAUUCUGAAGCAGGUACAAGCAAUAUUCGGUCACUUGGCCUGUUCACGCCUUCAAUACUAUGUGCCUAGGGGACUUUGGAGACAUUUUAAACUUCAAGGUGAGCCAGUUAAUCUGCGGGAACAACAGGACGCUGUGGAAUUUUUCAUGUCGCUUAUAGAAAGUUUAGACGAGGCGUUGAAAACCCUCGGUCACGAACAGAUCAUGUCCAAGAUUUUGGGCGGUUCGUAUUCUGAUCAAAAAAUUUGUAAAGGUUGUCCUCAUCGGUAUUCGAAAGAGGAGCCGUUCAGUGUUAUUAGUGUAGACAUAAGGAAUCAUAGCAGUUUGCAAGAUUCGAUGGAGCAGUAUGUCAAAGGUGAAUUAUUGGAAGGCGCCGAUGCUUAUUAUUGCGAAAAGUGUGCUAAAAAAGUAGUAACAGUGAAACGACUGUGUGUUAAGAAACUACCACCUAUUUUAGGAAUACAGUUGAAACGAUUUGAAUAUGAUUUUGAACGAGUUUGUGCCAUCAAAUUUAACGACUAUUUUGAGUUCCCUAGAGAUUUAGAUAUGGAGCCGUAUACUGUCUCGGGGUUGGCUAAAAUCGAAGGGGAGAUUAUAGACUGUGAUUUAGAUCCUAAUGCAAGUGAUACAUGUACUAAAUAUCGCUUGUCUGGGAUAGUUGUACAUUCAGGACAAGCCUCAGGUGGUCACUAUUAUUCGUAUAUUAGACACCGGGAUGCUUCCGGUGAAGUCAGGUGGUAUAAAUUCGAUGACGGUGACGUAUCAGAAUGUCGAAUGGGCGAAGACGAAGAAAUGAAAGUCCAAUGUUUUGGGGGCGAUUACAUGGGAGAGGUAUUUGAUCCGAUGUUGAAACGAACAACAUACAGAAGACAAAAACGGUGGUGGAACGCCUAUAUGCUUUUUUAUACCAGACAUGACGUUGAAGAAAAUUAUCUAACAAAAGCGAUGAACGAAAUGAAAAUAACAGGUCGAAGAGAAACACAUCUAAAAAUGCCGGUGGCAAUAGAGAAUAGCAUCCGCAAGCAAAACAUCAAAUUCCUUCAUCAUAGGAGUCAAUUCUCGAUAGAAUAUUUUUCGUUUAUAAAAAAAUUAGCCAGUAGUUGUGCGCAAUCGAAUCCUCGUUCCGGCCAAACAAACGACUUGAUUGAACAACAGACUUUACUCAGCGUUCAACUGCUUAGUAAUUUUCUGUUCCACACUGGAUGGCAUACGAAAAAGAACUUGCGCGGUCCUGCAAUGGACUGGUGUGAUGUGUUAUGUAUGCACUUGCGAUUUUCGCCAGCAAUUCGGUCAUGGUUCGCCCACAACAUGUUAUUCAGUCACAUGCACAGAUUUUGCGACUAUCUUCUCAGCUGUCCGAGUAACGAAGUUAGAUCCGCUUUUAUUAAAAUCAUCGUUUUAUUGGCACAUUUUUCGAUCAAUGACGGUCCGUGUCCUUGUCCCCCCGGGAUGAAUAAUCCCGAUCCUAAUGCGUCAUUGAGCGAUCAUGUGUUGUGGGCUCUUUUGGGUCUACUUCAAAGGGAAGUGAGCGAACAUGGGCGUCAUUUACCGCAUUAUUGUUCUGUUUUUCACAUGUAUGCUAAUCAAGGUGUACAGGAGAAGGCUCAACUUUUGAAAAUGAACGUGCCAGCUACGUUUAUGUUGGUCGCAUUGGAUGAAGGUCCAGGACCGGCGAUAAAAUACCAGUAUACAGAAUUAGGAAAGUUAAAUCAAUUAGUUUCAUGUUUGAUACGUUGCUGUGAUGUUAGUUCCAAAUGCCAGUCGAGUACGGGUGGCCCCAUUUUACCUAAUCCGUAUGCGGAUCCGAUGUGUCCCGAUUAUAUUAUGCCGAUAUCUUCUCAAGCCGCCGAUAUUCUCUAUAAUCGUUCUAGUUAUAUCAAAAAAGUAAUCGAGGACACCAAUUUAACCGACGAAGCCAUCAAACUCCUCCAGUUUUGUUCAUGGGAGAACCCUCACUUUUCGCGCACCGUUCUUUCCGAACUCUUGUGGCAGAUCGCAUUCGCUUACUGUCAGGAACUUCGUCAUCACAUCGAGAUCCUCUUAUCCGUUUUAGUGAUUGAAGACUCGUGGCAAACCCACCGCAUCCAUAACGCAAUCAAAGGCGUUCCUGAGGAACGCGAAGGUCUCUUAGAGACGAUAGUACGUGCCAAGAAUCAUUAUCAGAAACGAGCUUAUCAGUGUAUAAAAUGUAUGGUGGCGUUGUUCAGUAAAUGUCAAGCUGCUCGCAUGAUGUUGAAUAAUCAGACGGAUUUGAGAAGGACUUGGACGGCAUCAGUGGCGUGGCUACAGGAUGAAUUGGAGCGAAAGUACCCGGCUAGUACCCAAUACGCUUAUAGUACUUGGUCGCCUCCAGCACAGAGUAAUGACAGUUCCAAUGGAUACUUUUUGGAGAGGUCAACCAGUGCGAGGAAGACUUUAGAGAGGGCGCUGGAAUUGAUGCCGGAUUUGGAACGGGAAGAAGAGGACGUGAGUGAAGAGCAGGAAUCUCAGGAAGAGGUAGUAGAGACGUCGCAAAACGAGGAAAACAAGCCUGAGCUACCUGAUAUAACACAAAGUUGCGAACACACUCCUAACACGUAUUAGGUAAAGUUUCAAGGCCACACCUCACUUAGUACUACGCACGGUACAAAUUUCACCUCCCUCUUGACAUUUGAAUUGCCUUUUGAAUGUAUUUCGUUGUGUAUUUGCAAUGCUUCGUGAAUUUUGUACCAUGCCGCUUCAAGAGCCACAUGUAUAUUUGUCUAUUUAUUUAAAAGUGGGACAUGUGAUAUGUAUGUAUAUAAACCUGACCUGACGCAUUUUCGAAUUUUUAUAUUGACCGGAAUGCAUUUCUGCUUACGUUCCUUUCUUGCAAGCAGUCCCAUUUAUUAAUAUUCUUAUCAAAUGAAAUACAUGAAGCUGCUCGAAAAAUCUAAAUACUGUUACUGGCCGCAAGGUUUCCUUUUUCGACUGCUUUUUAUUAAAACUCGGUUCGGUUCAUGUAUGGUACAGUAAUGAUGUUCAUAUGAUUCGAGUGCUUUUGAAUAGAUAGUAAACAGUUUGUCUCUAACAUAAAAUUCAAUGUAAAUAUCACUAGCAAAAUGAAGUUUUGUGCUUUUAUUAUGGUGAAUAAUGACAUAACCAUUAUUAUUUUGUGAUAAUUUCUUGUUUGAUAUGUACUUUGAAGUCAUAACUAAAUUUAACUUUUAUGAAAAAAUUUACUCUCGUGUCUAUUUAUUUUCACGAAAUUAAUUUUAGAGUAAGGCAAUCUAUUUUAUGUAUAUAUCCACUACUGUUACGUUUACAUUUUCGUGGUAGAGUAACUACCGAUCAUGUCACAGGUAUUUUAUGUGUAUUUAUUAUCAAAUAUACAUAUAGCUUAUUUGUAUAGAUAAUACUGUAUAUUUAUUUCCCCUCUUUUAACUCGAUUGAAAUGUGUUCAUUCAAUCGUUAUUGCGUUAGGUUUUGUUAUGACUUUCAGACGAACCAACUUGUAAGAAUUAGAUGUUACUUGAAGUUAUUUUAAUUAUAUUUAAUAAUAUUGAAAUUAACUGUUAAUACAAUAUGCCUACAAAUCAUGGCGGAUAUGUAUUGUCUAUAUCCUUUAACAAAAUUUGUUACAUGAUGGCCGCUCCUGCUUCAUUUAUAGGUCGGAGAGGUAACCAGCAUUUUGAUGGUUUAUUUUAAGAGUUUUUUCAGUAUCAUUUUCAUUUAAGCUUCUUUCCAGACUUACACUUUGUUUGUAUAUUAUAAUUUAUAUUAAUUCAUUAUAAAUAAAAUUUAAACUUUUAGAUUGUAGUUAAUUUGAAUAAAUGUACAAAACUCCCAUUUUACCUAAAA